CCCCGCUUUGAAGAUAGCACGAAACGUUUGUUUAUCAUGUUGCUUGUUUGGAAAAAUCCGCAAGAUGAGCCAAUUAAAAGCCAAUAAAAGUGGGACUUUUAAAAAACAAUUAUCGCUGAGUUCCUUCCUUGAGGGGAAAUCAUCGUGCAAUGAUUUAUUGAAAAUCAAUGAUGGAGAGAAGGCAUCCAUAUAUAAAGUUUCAAAUGUCGGAAAAGACCACACGGCUGAUAGAAUCCAAAGAAGUGGCAAAAGCAUUGCUUACGCUCCUGUACAGAAGCAACAAUCGAGAAAAAUGAUGAAUCCCAUAUUUUUGGACUCGUCAACUGAUGAUGAGACAGAUGAAGAGAAACAACCGACGUAUCACAAAAGCAAUACCAAUAGAACAACAAACGCAAUUAUCCAACGUUACACAUUUGAUGACUGCAGCCAAUCGCCUCUAGCUCCUUUGAAAUCAAAAAUUACAGUAUGCCCAAGCUUCAAUGUAACCGGCACUAGUUCAAAGGACAUGUGUAAACGUUCAACAAAUAUGGAUGUGCAAAAUGAUAGAAAUGAAUAUAAGCAUGUAAAAAAUUUUAAAACAGAUGCUCAGGAGAAGUUUAUUAAUGAACAUAUGGACGAAGAAUUUGACGAUUGUAUUCCAAAAUUUGAUGAAAUCAAAUCUUUGUCGAAAGUAAAAUCAAAAGAGUUGAGUCAGAAGACUCCUAUAGAAAAAGGCGACGAUGGAAAAACGAAUAACAGAAACUCCUGCGGAAGGGACUUUAAGACAUCACCUCUAAAAUAUGAACAAGAAAUAAAUGGUAGCUUUGGCCAAGCUAGGGAAAAUGAAAAUGCUGGGAAAAAACUAAAAAUUGUAAUUGAUGCCCAGCUGCCUAACUACUUAAACAAGGUCGAACAGGAUUCGGCAUUCAAAAGAAAUACAAAGGAUGCCACGGAUUGGGAGCUUAACUCAAACAGAGCGUUCUUCAAAUCAACCUACUUCGAUAUAUUGGAAAAAUAUGCCCAGAUUAUUGACCAGAUCCCUGCAAACUAUUUCACUGAGAUUGAUGGUUUCGAUAUUAAUAUUUUUCUGCGCUUAAAAACUAUUCGGAAUAAGAUAAAAGCACGUACGAAACUUGUUGAUACGGAGUUGGAAAAGCGAGAAAUAAAGACUCGAAUUCAGCAAGAAGCUGCAUGUGAUUUGGACUACGAUGCAUUGGAGGAGGAAGAAAUGCAAAUGCGUGAAGAAUGUAAAUGGUCAGCUGAGGCUAAGUCGACUACAAGUACGCCAGCAAGUAUUUUUAGUAAUACGCAAAGAACACCAGUUUCCUCGAGCGAACGGGAACAGACUAUACCUCAGACACCUGACUUGCACGAGAUUUUCGGCAAUAAUGAGGCUGCGGAUGACACAGCUGACGAAGAAGAGCAACAAGCCUAUUUAACACAGGCUAUCAUUUUAGAUAAUGAAGACCUGAGUGCUGGUCAAACGGAAAAAUCGAGAUCAAACUCUGCUAAACCCACGGAAGAAGAUGAAGAUGAUUUGGAGGCUUUACUAGCAGAUAUACAUGAUCAAGCUGACUUACUUCGUGGUCGUAAAUCAGAAUAUAAUAAUUACUCAUACAAAGAUUUUGAAGACCAAAGUACAUCUAAGCAACAGUCAAACUCUAAAAAUGCAGUUUCUGUUGCAGCAACGGUGACACCAGAUGAUCUGCACCAAUGGUCAACUCAAACGGAUGACGACGGCUGGCAAGUUUACGACCCAGACAAAUUUGAAAUAGCUGCUUCGCAGGCUAUAUUGUUGGAUUCACCAGUCUCCAAAUCAUCCGUUCCAAAUACAAAUGCUAUCGUACCGACAAUUAAUAUUACGCUUAGCGAGGACGAAGAUGACAACAAACCUUCGACGAGUGCCGGUAGUAUACAAACACGAAAGUCAGUUAUAUCAUUAAGUCCAUCACCUGUAAAAGUUGCACAAAAGGUCCCUGGGAAUUUCCAUGCGGAUACACAUAAUGAUGGUAUAACUGGCGAAUUCGAUGGUUCUAAUUACCCACACUCGCAAAGAGUCAAAGAUGCAUUGAGUAGUAAUUUCGGUUUGAAAAGUUUUCGACCCAAUCAAUUGCAGGUGAUCAACGCUGCCUUGCUAGGACAUGAUUGUUUUGUGCUGAUGCCCACCGGUGGCGGAAAGUCUCUUUGUUAUCAGCUACCAGCGUUGCUUACUGAAGGUGUGACACUUGUCAUUAGUCCAUUAAAAUCCCUAAUUCUAGAUCAAGUUAAUAAAUUGGAAUCUCUGGAUAUAUACGCGAAAAGUUUGUCUGGUACACAGACCCUGCAGGAGGUGCGUGCCAUAUUUUGUGAUUUAAAAACCAGCCCGCCACGCAUAAAAAUACUUUACGUGACGCCCGAGAAAAUUUCCAGCUCACCUCAAUUCCAGGACAUGCUUGAUGAGUUGUACGCAAAAAAUUACAUCAGCCGAUUUAUAAUUGACGAGGCGCAUUGUGUUUCGCAGUGGGGCCAUGAUUUUCGACCAGAUUACAAGAGACUUGGCAUAUUACGCAAACGCUUCGCCAAUGUGCCUACCAUGGCGUUAACCGCCACAGCUACGCCACGUGUGCGAAUAGAUAUACUUCGCCAAUUACAGUUAACACACACUAAAUGGUUUUUAUCUAGUUUUAACCGUUCUAAUCUAAAGUAUUCGGUACUGCCCAAGCGCGGCGCUAGCACUUUGGAUGAUAUUAAAGCAUUUAUACAUUCACAUCCAUCUAAUUGGUGUGGCAUAAUUUAUUGUCUGUCACGAAAGGAAUGUGAGGAUUUGGCUAAUAAAUUGAACUCUGUUGCUAUAAAAUCACUCGCCUAUCAUGCUGGUUUGACGGAUCCGAUGCGUGAGACGCGUCAAAAAGAUUGGCUGACCGGUAAAGUUCGAGUGAUAUGCGCAACAAUCGCCUUUGGUAUGGGUAUUGAUAAACCAGACGUGCGUUUUGUGCUGCAUUUCUCCCUGCCGAAAUCUAUUGAAGGAUAUUACCAGGAGGCGGGACGUGCAGGACGUGAUGGUGAUGUAGCGCACUGUAUUCUCUAUUACAAUUACUCGGAUAUGAUGAGAAUGAAAAAGCUGUUGGACUUGGAUAACACGGUGGGCAUGGAAGUUAAGAAGAUACAUUUAGAUAAUUUGAAUCGCAUUGUGGGAUACUGUGAAAACGUUACAGACUGUCGGCGUUCUCAACAGCUUGACUACUUUGGAGAGCAUUUCACCAGUGAACAAUGUCUUGAGCGACGCGAUACAGCCUGUGAUAACUGCCUUAAAAAACGAAGCUUUCAGAAAAUAGAUGUUUUGGAACAGUGUCGUAAGGUGGCGCGUGCUGUUAAAGAAAUUUGCGGUGGCCGUUCACGCUUCACACUGCUAUACAUUGCUGAUGUGCUUAAAGGUUCCCUAAUUAAACGCAUCGUAGAAUUCGGUCAUGACAAAACGGCGCAUCAUGGCAUUUUUAAAGACUGGGACAAGUCGGACAUUCAGCGUUUAUUGCGAAAAAUGGUUUUGGAGGGAUUCCUACGUGAAGACUUGAUAUUCUCCAAUGAUAUUCCUCAAGCAUAUAUUUAUUUGGGUCCGAAAGUACAGUCGUUAAUGCAAGAAAGUAUCUCGUUGACUUUUGCGGUUUCGCGUAAGGGUAGUGCGAAAGGAGCCUUACCUGGAUUUAACAGUGGUGGUGUCUCAAACCAGAGUACAGCUGCUGCAACUGGCGCAACAAAACUACGUUCAAUAUAUGAACGUUGUUAUGCAGAUCUUUUAGAUAUUUGUCGAACAAUAGCUGCAGCGCGUAGCGUCACCAUGGCUAGUAUAAUGAAUAUGCAAGCAUUAAAGGCAAUGUCGGAAGCACUGCCAGAGUCCGAGAGCGAUAUGCUGAGCAUACCCCAUGUGACUAAAGCGAAUUUUGACAAAUAUGGUAAUAAAAUGUUGGAAAUUACUCGAAAUUAUGCUGCUGAAAAGCUCUGCUUACUGAUGGACCUUGAAGAUGCGCACCAACAACAACAAAUAUCUAUCAGUACAGUUAAAGGAACAGAGCGUGCGCAACCUACAAAUUCGUUAAUUUCUUACGAUUCGGAAGAGGAUGACGGGAGCAGUUGGGCAGCGGCGGCAGCUUCUCAAGGUACUUCGCAAAGUGGCGGUGGUCGUAAACGUAAACGCACCUUUCGCGGUGGUGGUUCAAAGCGUGCAAAAAAGGCAACAGGUUGGGCAUCGAGCGGUAAAAGCCCAGUUAAACGCGCAUCGUCAAAAGCGAGAGGAGGCAGCACUAGCUCACCAAGGGUCCCACGGCGCAAAGCUGUCGCUAACUCCAGUAGCAGAGGCAGAGGCAGAGGAGGUGACAGCAAAGGCAAAAACAAUGCCUGGUUGUGCAAAAAAUCCAGUUCGAGUGGUGCCUUCGAGUUAAUGCCAAUGCCAAAAUCAAAUUAGAUAAGUUGAUACUGCCUACGUACAAAACUUCUAUGCGAUAGAAUAUAUACACAAACAUGGUAUUUUUUAGUUUCAAUAAAAAAGUA